GCAUGUCGUUCAACGGUCCCUCCGUAACCACCACAGGAACACACCUAAACGCAGCGCUUCACCCAAAGACAAAACGUCGUCGUUUCCGCUUGAAAUUGGGCCGUGGGCCUAGUAUCCCCGUCUCACAAAGAAAUAACAUAGAAAGAGAAUGGGUUUUAGAGCCGCUAUAUAAACUGUCAUACCAUCAUCUUCUAGUUGCCCUGAGCCCUAAUUCGUUUUCUGCAGGUUCCGCCACAACCCCGUCGUCAUGGUCAAGUACUCAAGAGAGCCCGAUAAUCCCACCAAGUCAUGCAAGGCCAGAGGUGCUGAUCUUAGAGUUCAUUUCAAGAACACUAGGGAGACUGCCUUUUCUAUCAGGAAAUUGCCUUUGACAAAGGCCAAGAGGUACUUGGAGGAUGUUCUUGCACACAAACAGGCCAUUCCAUUCAGGCGUUUCUGUCGUGGUGUUGGGAGGACAGCUCAGGCCAAGAAUAGACACUCUAAUGGACAAGGAAGGUGGCCUGCCAAAUCAGCCAAGUUCAUUCUAGAUUUGCUCAAGAAUGCAGAGAGUAAUGCCGAAGUGAAAGGUUUGGAUAUUGAUGCUCUUUACGUUUCUCAUAUCCAAGUUAAUCAAGCACAAAAGCAAAGACGUCGAACAUACAGAGCCCAUGGAAGAAUUAACCCUUACAUGUCAUCUCCAUGCCACAUAGAGUUGGUAUUAUCUGAAAAGGAAGAGGCGGUCAAGAAAGAGCCUGAGACCCAGUUGGCACCAAGCAAGAAGAAGGCUUAAGUUCUUUAUGGUUGCUCUUUGUCUUGAAUUCCUAAAUUAUGUCAAGACAACAGUUUUGUUGCCCGUGUUAAUUUUUCUUCGAUUAUCUGUAUCAGAUAUUUGUAGGUAAUUUGGGAACAUGUGGUUUUUAUCAUGAUAUAAUACUUCAACAUUAUCCAAUGACUAUUCACUACUUGAGUAUUUAAAUAGUUAAAUAUCUCUGGUUUGCAGAACAUAA